CCCCUUCCAGGGGAGUCUGAUUAGGGAUCAGGCUCUGCAGUUGGGCUGGGCUGGGCUGGGCUGGGCUGCUGCUUCUCCCAAGACCAAGUCUUCACAGCAACUUCCCUUCCUCGGCUGCCUAAACUUUUUUUUCUGUGACUGGAAAGAAGUGUCACCUUUUGCUCAUUCUCUAGCCUUCUCCCCCACCCCCUCCAGACAACGUGUGUAGAGAGCAGGGGCUGCUGUGAGCCACCUCCUCUCCGGUGACUGCUGUGAGGAACUUUCAGCUCCUGUCUUUAUGAAGCUAUGAACUUCCUCGAGAAGCCCAGGAGCAGGACAGCUGCCUUUCUGCCUCUUUGCUGGCUCCUUUUGAAGAUUCUGCAACCAGGGCACAGCCACCUUUAUAACAACCGCUAUGCUGGUGAUAAGGUGAUAAGACUUAUUCCCAAAACGGAAGAGGAAGCAUAUGCACUGAAGAAAAUAUACCACCAACUCAAGGUGGACCUGUGGCAGCCCAGCAGUAUCAUCUAUGUGUCAGAAGGGACAGUUAUUGAUGUUCAUAUUCCCCAAAAUGCUUCCCGAGCUCUGUUAGCCUUCUUCCAGGAAGCCAACAUCAAGUACAAAAUCCUCAUUGAAGAUCUUCAGAAAGCACUAGAAAAUGGAAGCAGCGUGCAAACUCAGAGAAGUAGAAGAUCUCUCCCUGAAUAUAAUUACGAAGUUUAUCACUCCUUAGAAGAAAUUCAGAGUUGGAUGCAUCAUCUUAAUAAAACUCAUUCAAGACUAAUUCAUAUGUUCUCCAUUGGAAAAUCAUAUGAAGGAAAAUCUCUCUUUAUUUUAAAGCUGGGCAGGAAAUCAAGAGCCUACAAAAGAGCUGUCUGGAUAGACUGUGGUGUUCAUGCACGAGAAUGGAUUGGCCCUGCCUUUUGUCAGUGGUUUGUGAAAGAAGCUCUGCUAACAUACAGGACUGACCCAGCCAUGAGAAAACUGUUGAAUCACCUGUAUUUCUAUAUCAUGCCUGUGUUUAACAUUGAUGGAUACCAUUUUAGCUGGACACAAGAUCGGUUUUGGAGAAAAACAAGGUCAAGGAACUCAAAGUUUCACUGCCGAGGAGUUGAUGCUAAUCGUAACUGGAAAGUCAAGUGGUGUGAUGAAGGAGCUUCUAUGCACCCUUGUGAUGAUACCUACUGUGGCCCUUUUCCAGAAUCUGAGCCAGAGGUCAAAGCUGUAGCUAACUUCCUCCGAAAACACAGAAAGCACAUUAAGGCAUACCUCUCUUUUCAUGCAUAUGCUCAGAUGUUGCUGUAUCCCUAUUCUUAUAAAUAUGCAACAAUUCCCAAUUUUAGCUGUGUGGAAUCUGCAGCUUAUAAAGCUGUGAAAGCACUUAGGUCAGUAUAUGGAGUAAAGUACAAACAUGGACCUGCCUCAAGAACAUUGUAUGUAAGUUCCGGUAGCUCAAUGGAUUGGGCUUACAAAAAUGGAAUACCCUAUGCAUUUGCUUUUGAACUACGUGACACUGGGCAUUUUGGAUUUUUACUCCCAGAGGUGCUCAUCAGACCCACCUGUACAGAGACCAUGCUGGCUGUGAAGAAUAUCACAAUGCACCUGCUAAAGAAGUGCCCCUGAGUCAGGUCAGCCCCCAGAGAGAUUCUGACCAAAGGCUGUUCAGCACCAAGUAGAAAUUUGUUUUAAAGAGAAGGGCAACUACUUAGAGUAAACAUAUCUAUAAAGUUUAAAAAGAUCAUCUCAUGCAAUAUGACACUUUCCAACAACCAUAAAACAGUAUAAUUUAGGGCAUAGCCUAGUUUGUUAUAAGAAAAAGCAUGCAUUUUACAUCCCUUUUGAGUCUUAGUUGAUUACAGAGAAAGGGAUGUUUUCAAAUUCCUUUGUCUCAAGAAAAGUACACAGCCUUCAGUUAAAAUCUAGGCUACUAGAAAUGUUUAAUUACAUGGUUCUCAUUGUAAAUGGAAAUUUUUGAAAUGGAAAACACAAACUAUAUUUCUUAUUAUGAUAAACAUACAAUUUUUCAAGACCUCAGAUUAUUCACAUCUUCAUCCCAUUGUUUUUUUUGAGGGGGGAUGGUUGUACUGGGGAUCGAACUUGGGUCCUUGCACUUGCAAGGCAGGCAGCGUAACCACUGAGCUAAAUCCUGACCUUUUAUCCCAUAGUCUUAAUGGUACCAUAUACCAAUAAAAAUACAGCAAAAUAGAGUAACUUAUGUUUAGAUUCCAAGAACUCUGCUUCUUUUUAAAAAGGUAAAUAUUGAAGUGUCAGACACAGGAGCUUUACACUAACAAUCUCACUUAUUCCUCACAAUACAUAUUUCAAAAGAGGAAACUGAGGCUUAGAAAGUUUACAUAGACUUGCAUUUCCAGCAAGAUGAAAGAACAGAUAUCUAUACUCCUGGAAAUAACUAUAGCUUCUAGACAAAAUGCAAUUCUUUUAAUCAUCUUAAAUCUUCAAACAAGAAAGUAAAAUCUCAGGCCAGGAAUUGAGUGAAGAUGGGAACCUAGAAAAAUAAGUGGUUCACUAUUAAUCCUGAAGUACCAACUUCUUUUCACAGCAUUUUGAGAAAUGGGGCCAGAGACGAAAG